AUGAAAUUCGAAUGGUUAAAAUUUAUAAGCUUAUGCAUACUAUGUCUACUAAAAAGUGAUGUUGUAAUAGGAUCUGAUGAUUUUGAUUAUAAUGAAGCAAUAAGGCGACUAGAUAAUUUAUCAAAGACUUAUAAAAAAUCAUAUAUUUAUAAUGCAGAUAAUAUAGAAAAUAAUCUAAUAAUACCUCCAUAUAAUUCAACUACAAGACAAUAUCAGUCUACCUUACAAAUUGAAGUACCGUCAGAAUUAACCAAUGAUGUACUACCGCUUCUAGAAAAAUCAGCUUCGAGGAAUAAUCCCAAGGCACUAGUAACACUUGGAGAUAUAUAUAUGUUUGGUAAUUAUUCAUGUCCUACAGAUUAUAAUUUAGCAAAAUCUUGUUAUGAAACAUCUAUUUCAAUUGAACCAAAUGGUCAUUCUUAUUUCAUGCUUGGAUUUAUCCAUUCAACUGGAUUAUUUGGAGAAUUUCCUAUAGAUCAAGCGAAAGCAAAUUUAUAUUAUCAUUUUGCAGCAGAAAAUGGAGAUUUGAACGCCUUAUUGGUAAUGGCUUUUAGACACCUAAAGGGGAUUGAAGUACCUUCAAAUUGUGAGUUAGCAUUACCUUAUUACUCGAAAUUAGCUGAGUAUGGAUUUAAAUGGUUGAAUGAUUCUGGAAACUCAAGAGAUGUGGAUUAUAAUAUUAGAAUAUCUGAUUUUAAUGGUGGACUAUUUGGUGAAAAACUAAGUGAAUCCGUGUCAUCAAUUGAAUUACCAUCUAAAUUGUAUGCAGAUUUGAAAACUCAUUUUGAAGAAACAAGAUUAAAUUCAAAUGAGCACGAGUAUGCAUCAUUUUAUUACAAUGGUUUGGAAAAUUUAAAAGGUGACUAUUUUACUCAAAGGAACUUGACGAGAGCAAGAAUAGAAUUUCAAAAAUGUGUAAAUUUGGGAGAAGAGAUCUAUGGGUCAAGAGAGUACAGAAAUAUGGAUAAAAUGGAUAGAUUAUUUUUGAGUGCUUGUCAAACAAGUUUAGCUAAAAUGUAUUUAAAAGGAUUGUCAGUUCCAAAAGAUCCAAUAAUGGCAGAAAGAUUGUUGAACAUGUCAACUAAAGUUCAAACGACACUGGAUGCAUUGAACGAUCUUGCAUAUAUACAAGAGAAUGGGUUAAUAAGACCUGCUAAUGCAUCAAAAGCUUUAGAAUAUUAUUUAGCAGCUGCUAAAAAGAGCUCAGCCGAAGGUACAAAGAAUUUAGCUAAAUUAUUAAUGAAAAUUGAUGAACCAGUCGAUAUUCAUAUUAGUGAAAAUAAAAUGGAUAUUUAUAACUAUAUGAAACAAGCUGCAUAUUUAGGUAAUACUGAAGCAUUAUAUUAUGUUGGUAAUUUCUUAGAGUCAGGGUUAUCAUCAAUAGUAGAUCCAGAAGAAAAAACUUCAUGUUCCAAAACUACAAUGUAUUAUAGAGAAUUUGUUAAGAGAUUAUCACAAUUCUUCACUCCACAUUUAAGAUAUGCAUUUGAAGAGCUAGCAAGUGGAAACUAUAAAAAUGCAUUAAUUGGGUAUCUGAUUGCUGCAGAACAAGGUUUUGAACAAGCUCAAAUAUCAGCUGCAUACUUACUUUACCAACUACAGCCAUUAUAUUCACAAGAGCAAAAACCAAAAGAGUUUAGCUCUCCACGUCUUGAUAUUGCUGCACAGUACCUCGAUAAAGCUUCAAAACAAGCAAAUGUUGAUGCAACUAUUCUCUUGGGAAAUAUUUAUUCAGGUGAAGAUAACAAUAUUGGAAUUACUCCAGAUUAUGAGAAAGCAUUUAACUAUUUUAGAGUAGCUACUGAUAGACAUUCUUCACAUGGAGCUUAUAAAUUGGCAGAAAUGUAUGAAUAUGGAGUUGGAUCAGCAAGUAAUACAACUGAUUAUUUCUUAGCUAAAAGGUAUUACGAUUUAAGUUUACAAUACAAGGAAAAAUUUGAUUAUGACAGGAAAAAUGCUCAAACAAAAUCUGUUUAUAGCAAUGCUCAUAUUAAUUGGGCUUUAUUAAGAUUAAGAUUUAAAUACUUAUUCAACAGAAAAGCAUUUGUGAAUCUGAUAAACGAUCCUGUUGAUCAUGGUUGGUUAAGCUCAUUUAAAAAGAUAGGUAAAGAAGCAAAUAGAGAAAAACAACAACAUCAACUGCAACAACAACAACAAUUAAACAAAGAUGCAGUUUCAAGAGCGGAUGCUCACCAUCAAGGUACUUCUUAUGAUUCAGAUUAUAUUGAAACUUAUGACAUUGGAGACUAUCUAGUUAUAUCAUUGACAUUUGCAUUUUUUCUGAUCUUCUUUGUUCAAAAUAUUAUAAGACAAUUUAGAAGAAUGAGAAAUGGUGGUAAUCAACCUGAUGGUAAUCAACCUCAAGAUGGAAAUGGUAAUAAUAAUAAUAAUAAUAAUGCUGUACAAAAUGGGUGGAAUUUCAAUUGGAACGGGUUUCAAUUUGAUUUUAGAAGGGGUAAUAUGGAAUUUCAUUUUUUUGCACUAUAG